CGGCACGGGACUUGAACAUUUGCAAGUUGUCAUAAGAAGAGAGUCAGUGUACUCGGCAACCCAUGGAGCAGCCCCGCCCCCUCCGUCCUGAUAUGACCCCUCACCGUGUGCUUGUACAAUGUCGUGAACAUCAGAAAGAAGCCUCGGCAGCUGCAGGUAUGUCGAUCCUGGGUGCCAAGGUCCGGUCCAGUCUUGAUCGCGAACAGUCGACUCCGCGAGGUCCACGGCGUGUUUCCUUUGCCCCAAGUGUCACCUUCGACACCGAGUUCCACCCCCGGACAGGUCAGCAGGCGGAGCGACGACCCGCUGAGCCUGUUGUGACUGCGGCAACGCCUGCAAGGAUGUCCAUCCAGAGUGCAAAAGGGCAAUCCGACGAAGAUCGUGUGAAGUUAAAUCCUCGACGUGUGUCCUUCGCCCCAGAUACUAAUUUCAACGAUGCGCCCAACUCGACACUUCAGGUGCAGAAGCGACUGGCGGGAACUCCUAUUGUUAGGAAUGCUUCGUUGGGGGGCAAUGCAUGGCGAUUAACAUUGUUGUCAUCUGAUCCGUUGAUUUCGUCUGAAUGCCUGACUCCUAGUCGGGGUAUUGGUGGGAAGCCACCGCCUCCUGUCGUGACCCCUUCAUCAUCCAUAGCCAGGAAGAAUGUCUUCGUUUCCGAGUCGCCGUCAUGCACACAACAGCAGGGUUCCGGUGUGACGGUUUGUCCGCGCAUUGCUGCCAAGUCAACGCCUCACAGUCGUGGCUGCUUGACAGAGACCUCUGUCCUGUCUCCUCCUGGUAGGAUGACCAUAAGCAAGACGCGGGAGGUACUAGAAGGUGCUGUUGUAGACUUGAACGCACCGACAGCAUCGGCGUAUACCCCGCUAAGGUGCCGAACCGAAUCCGAGAUGAACUCCGAUGGGAGGGUACGGUGCUCGCUCUCUGGUUCUGGUUCUGGUUUUCGACUGUCGGCGGAACGCUAUGACGUUGCUGGAAUGAAAGCAUCUUGUGUGGCGAUCGGCGGGGCUGCCAGCUGGCAGCCCGCCGAGUACAAAAUGGAGAUGAUACGCGCCUGUUCUUUGUUUAGCAGUCCCGUUCGGUCUCCAGGUGCGGCGGAUGAUCAGAAGGAGCUUUCAGAGAGAAUCAAGGCGUUGAAUUUGUCAGCCUCGAGAGUUCGCUUGCCGAGUGAACCAGCAGAGAUUGCGUCGCCCGCUAGACGUAGCCUGAAACAGACAAAGGCAAAGGUUGAAACGUUCCGUACGAAUGGCAAAUCAGAAUCCAAAAGCACGAAGGGGCGUGCAUUGCUCUCGCCGCUUGCUUCAAGGGCCCGUCACGUUUCCCAUUCAGAGAAACCAGCGGGGCAUGCGACGACAUCUGGUACCAAGCCGCCUCGGCCUUCCAUAUUGUCAAGCUCAGUGCCUGAGCGGAAUCCCCUACCAUGUCGACUAUCCAUUAGUCGCCGAUCGUCAUGCUACUCUUCUUCAGGGUUUGAUCCCAUGGCUAGUGCGCCACGAACAUCGCGAAUGGGUGCUCACGCGCGCAUGGGCGACAGAGGUGACGCUCAGCACAUUGAGGACGUCGACUUUUUGACUCACAGAGAGAGUAUUGCUGAUGCCGAGGAGGUGGGAAGGAGGACGAAGGUGAGUGGUGACUGCGAUGGUGUCGGGAGAAGUCGCCGGGCGCUGGCAAGGUCGCUUUCUGCAGAUUUUGGUGGUUGUGGUGUGGUGAAAGGGGGAUCAGGACAUGCAAGCAAAGGAGGAGGGGAGAAGGAAGACACAGCUGAAGAUGGAUCUGGAAUUGAACAGCCUGGGCAGGUUAUGGAGCGCCUGUCUGUUCUCGAGAAUGAGAGACGAGGAGGGGGGGGUGAGGAGAAGAGGUCUGGUCAAGAAAAGGGUGAGAAGGCAGGGGGUUAUGAGGGUGCUGCAGAGAGUGUACCUUGUGAGAGCUCGGAGGGGGAAGCGCAUGAUGCUCGAUCAGAGGAACAAGAGGAGGAGGAAGAGGGAGUCACACUGACGUUUGGAGGACUGACAUUCACAAAAAGGAAACUGGAGCGAUUACUGGCUGCAGUUGCUGCACCACGAGCUCGGGUGGUUGAGCUGCGCAGAGAUUGCAGCGCAGAUGCUGCUGUGGGGACCAUCAGCGAGAGCUGCACGCCGUCAUUGCAGAUGAUAGCUGACGGCAAUGCAGAAGCGGAGAAGCAAAGUGCUCCGGAGGCGGAAGAAGACCAGCUGGCUGACUUCUCUGAUGCAUCUGCCAAUGAAGGCAUGCCGCUUUGUGCAAAUCCGCUGAAUGCGGGUGGGGUGGAGGCGGAGCCUGCUGUGGAGUUGGGGCUAGAUCACAAGGAGCCAAGGUGCUCAGGAAGUCAAUGCCGUGCAAGUCACUGCUAUGCAAGUCCGAGCGAUGCGUCCUCUCCGCCCGCCUCUGAAAAGGAUGCAGAUGGGUUCAGAUUGGGCAGGGCGUCGGGCAUCAUGAUGCCUCCUGAUGAUAGCCAGGGAACAGAUGCGGAGGACAUUGUUGGCGCUGUUGCACAUGCAGACGGAACUCGGAGUAUGGGUGGGGGGAGCUCAUUGGGAAGCAGAGAACAUGUGCGAAACACAGCAGCCGGUUCUCAGCCCGAGUGUGGAGAAAAUAACAGAGGUAGGGAAGGUAUCAAUGCCUUGGAGAAUCUGAUUGAUUCCAUAUGCAGGAGUAACAGAAAGCAUGAGCAGGAGCUGCGGAGUGUCCUAUACAAGCUUGUAAGGUCAUGAACAUAAGGCCAUGCUUCCCCCCCCCCCCUUUGUUUUUGCUUUUGGUAAUUGACAGGCUCGUGUAGAAGCCGCAGAGCAA